AUGUUGACUCCGGCCGCCAAGCGGCGCCGCCGAGCAGAGGAGGCUACUGCUGUUCUGAAGCGGCCCUUUCGGUCUCCGGCCGUGAAGAGGCAGCAGGACAACGAGCAGGCGUCAGGUCGAGAAGAGCCGGCCGCAGCCACAGCAGCAGCAUCACUGCUCGCAGCACCCCUAGGCAGCAGUGCAGCCCCAUCCAUAGCCUCGCCCGAGCGGAGACACAAACAGAGAACCGUACCGGUGGUACCAGAAGCAACCGUCUCGCUAGCUGAUCUGGUCGCGCAGUUUGAGCGAGACCUCGAUGCAGGGGACCGCGUCAUCCAGCACGCCAGUGCUUCUACCGAGGGUGGCGCCGAAGGUGGCGCCGAGAGUGAGCUGCCCGCGCUCAUUGCCCGGUGGCGCGAGGCCGGACGGACGGCGGCUGACGAGGUCUUUGUGCUGGUGUCUGAGCGCGUGGCACGGGCAGGAGGCGCACGGGCAUGGCGGUCCAUGAUGCGGCAGGCCGGCAGUGAGAACUAUUAUGACGAAUCGAGGACAAGACGGCCGAGGCACGACGAUUAUGAAGAAGGAGACAGAAUUACGGAGGCCGAAGAGAAAGAUUAUGAGAGAGAGGAAUCAGCAGAAGAGGAAGAGGAACAAGAGGGAUUCACCAUGGCGAUGAUGUUGGCAAGCAUGCAAGUGGAUGCGGACGUGCUUGGGUAUGACGAAGCAGAGGAGCGGUGGAAAGACUGA